AUGGAUGUAGUAUUUUCUUUCUCCAAUGCGUCAGUGGUUGAACCUGAUUGCAUUCGUAGUACAGUUGAAUUAGCUGAAAAAAACAAUGUUCAUCUUUCGGAAGACACUUGUUGGGAGCUUCUGGAAAUGUGUAUAUCAAAACUGUCAAUGAGGAAAACCUACCAACUUCUUGAUGGACUUUACAGUACUGAAGAGAUCAAGUUUCCGGAAGGCAGCGAAUUUGUUGUUGAAUCGAUACGUGGACGUUCGGUCAACAAAGUACUAUCACUUUUUCUACAUAAUAUGUUUCAGGGUGAGGUAUUUUAUUACGUAAAAUGGCUUGGAUGGCCACCUGUAUUCAAUACAUGGGAACCAGAGUGUAACCUUUCUGGUUGUGAAGAUCUUAUUCAAAAGUUCGUCGACUCAUAUGGUGAAUCAGUUGGAAUGCUUCCGCCCGAAUCUCAACCCGAUAAGAAAUCACAAAUUCGAGAGGUUAUGGGUCGACUGAGGGAAGCCGUUGAUCCAUCGGGAAACUUACCGUUGUAUUUACUGGAGCGCUUUUCUAGUCUUCAGUCUGAUCCUACUGAUAAUUUCCGUCCUUAUAAACCAUCGCCUUCUAUUAACAUUGACAAACUCAUCUGUUCCCAAUCUCUACCAAGUAAUAUGGAAUCUAUCUCACUUAAGCGACCUCCGAGCGUUUCUGACCUUCUACCAGUUCCCGCUAAGCGUUUCCGUAUUUGUCGGAAAAGCAAGCAAGUAUUAGAUUCUGCCCUCAAUACAUUCCAACAAAAGCUUAAUGCUGUCUACUCACAUGAAGCGCCUAUCACUGUGGAAAAUUCUGUUGAUUCUGAGUGUCCUCCGGUUGAAUUUCAACCAAUUCCUGAUUACUUACCUGGGCAAGAUGUUUACUUGCCAACUAAAGCUCCAAUUGGCUGUGAAUGUACAAUCGAUAAUGUAAAUUUAUCACAGUUAGCGAAAAUAACUAAAAAAGACAAUGAUACUUCAUCAGUUAUCUAUCCUUGUUGGGUGAAUAGACGCAGUAAUUGUUGUGCAGUUCGUGCUGGUUCAAUGCCUCCAUAUGAUAAACGCAAGCGACUGCUUGCACCUCCUGGUCAUCCGGUUUAUGAGUGUAACUCCUUAUGUCCUUGUGAUUCAACUUGUCCAUUUCGUGUUGUACAACUGGGAAGAAAAGUACCUUUAUGCGUUUUCCGUACAAAAGAUCGUGGAUGGGGUGUUAAAACAAUGGUUCCUAUUGGAAAGGGAACUUUUGUAGUUGAAUAUUUAGGAGAGAUUUUAACUUUCGAUGAGGCAGAGAAACGUGGAUUAAUCUAUGAUAAACAAACUAUGACGUAUUUAUUCGAUUUAGAUUUUGAAGGUGAUGCACAUUACACAGUUGAUGCUUCCCAAAUGGGUAAUAUAUCACAUUUCAUCAAUCAUUCAUGUGAUCCAAAUCUUACAGUUCGUUGUGUAUUCAUUGAAUGUCUUAACACAAAGUUACCAAGGAUUGCCCUUUAUGCAUCUAGAUUUAUAAAAAAGGGUGAAGAAAUCACAUUCGAUUAUAAUAUGACUGGUGCUAUUGCUUCAGAUAGCGAUGGAGUCACACCGGAUGCUGAAGCAACAGAAACAACAAAUUCAGAUACACCGCUUACUUCGACUAACAACGAUGAAAAGAGUCCAACGCCUUCCUCGUCUUCAGUUGAUGUUACACCUGAUACAGGCAGUGAGGUGUCUUUCGAUAGCAAGUCUCUUGGAUCUAAGGGUCCUCGCAUGAAGUGUCUGUGUCGAAGCAAAAACUGUCGUGGAUAUCUAGUCACCUAAAUGUAUUUAUUAAUGCCUUUUGGAGGAUUCUUGGAAGUGAAAUUACCAAUCCCUUAAUAUUGUUCAAGAAGGCAGUUUUUUGUACUUGAAGAUAAAAACUUAGGAAUAUUCAUUUUUAAGAUUAUAGUUGAUUUAUCUUGUUUUUUUCCGCAAUGUACUGUACUACUUCAUGUUAUUUUCUACACUGUUCUAUAUGUACACACAUCUGUAAAGAUCACAGGUUCACUGCAUGGAUAGGUUCUUUGCCUAAUGACCCUUGUUAUCUAUCCUUAUUUCAUUAGAUAAUGUUUUUUAUAUCAUAGGGUGUUUCAAUGUUACAAUUUUGUUCAUGAAUUUUUCCAAUAUUUUAGUGGUUUAAUUUUUAGAGAUUUAAAAACCCAAAAUUUAUGUAUUUCACAGUGUCACAAAUUGUCAUAUAUUUUAUUGUUGAAUUCGUGUAUAAAAAAGCUAAAGGUUAGAAGCGUAAUCCGCUUGCUUA